GUGACGUACGUCGCUUUAAAAUUCAUAAUACGAUUUAAAGUCGUAAACAUUAGUGAAUAAAAAAUAACCUAAAUUAUUUGUGUUGUUAUAAAACAGUGAUAUAAACGUUAACGUUACAUAAUUCUAUUGAUUGUUUUGUGCGAAAUUGUGUUUGUGCUGUGUAAUUGUUUUAAAUAAUGAGUGUUUGCUGAAAAAUCGAUUGAGAAAAAUGUCUUUAAAGAAAGAAUCUCGUACGGACGUGCAGUUCCACCUGGCGGCGUUGCGCGGAGACUGCGAGCGGCUGAGGCAACUUCUGGACACGGGCAAAGUGCACAUCGACUCAAGAGACCGGGAUGGGACCACACCGCUAAUACUGUCUGCGGCGAUGGGUCACACAGAGUGUGUCAGAGAAUUGUUGGCGCAAGGAGCAGAUCCGGCCUGCAGUAGAACGACAGGAACUAGUGCGUUGUUCUUCGCGGCCCAGGGCGGGUUCCUCGACAUCGCCAGGCUACUUCUCGACGCGGGCGCUGGCAUUGACGCUCCAAGCACGGAUGGCGGGACCCCGUUGUUUGUGGCGUGCCAGUGCGGGCACCUGCCCGUCGUUGAAGAGCUGAUCGCGAGGGGGGCGAAUGUCAAUUCUGCCAUGAAGGACAAAGCCACCCCCCUCUUCAUAGCAGCCCAGAACGGUCACGAAGAGGUCUGCCGAACAUUACUCCAAGCCGGUGCUAGGGUAGACUCCGCGAGAGCCGACCGCGCCACUCCGCUGUGGAUAGCCGCGCAAUGCGGUCAUGACCAUGUGGCUAGGACUUUGUUGGCUGCUGGAGCGAGGGUUGACCAGAUUAGACAGGAUGGAGCCACGCCGCUUUUCAAGGCUGCACACAAGGGUCACGCUGCCGUCGUUGUAGAGCUGCUCAAGUAUAGGCCCAACCUUGGAUUACUCCCUAACGGUCAAUCCCCCCUCCACGGCGCCGCCAUGUUCGGGCAGCUGUCGUGCGUGAAGCUGCUCGCGCGCCGCAGCGACCUGCGCCUGCGCAGCGCGGCCGGCCUCACGCCGCUACAUGCGGCUUUGGCUGCUAGGAAAAACGACGUGGCCGCUUACUUGAAAAGGCUGGAGGGGACGUAGCGGGGGAAAGUGAUAUAAAAGUCUUACCAGAGAAUCUUGAAAUACGUAGUUAGUUAUCACUGAACCGCGAUCAGAUAGCUGUCCCUUCAUACCAACUUUUAAGUAUGUAUCCCAUUUUCAUAGAGUACCGCCGGUUGAUACUGAGCCAAUUCUUCAAUAUUAAAAACUUUCUCUUGUAAAAGCUAAGCUUGUAAAGGCUGCCAGAGCUCAACGAGGGUGCGGUGUGCUGACGACAGGAGGACUUACGGAACUAAUUUAUUCCGUCUAUUGUCCUUUGAGUCGUCGGCAAC